UCAGGUUUAUUAUGCGAAGAAAAAGAGAAGAGCGCAGCAAAUGCAAGGUGAAGAUGGCUCUCAUAAAAAGGAAAGAAAGCUGUACAACGACGGUUGGGAUGAUGAUAAUCAUGAUUAUAUUAUUAAGAAUGGUGAAAAAUUCUUAGAUCGAUAUGAAAUUGAUUCGUUAAUAGGUAAAGGUAGCUUUGGCCAAGUAGUGAAAGCAUUUGACCAUGAGGAACAAACCCAAGUGGCAAUAAAGAUAAUUAAGAAUAAAAAACCAUUUUUAAAUCAAGCGCAAAUCGAAGUUAGGUUAUUAGAAAUGAUGAAUAGAGCGGAUACCGAUAACAAGUAUUAUAUAGUUAAACUGAAGAGGCACUUUAUGUGGCGAAAUCAUUUGUGUCUGGUAUUCGAGCUGUUAUCUUAUAAUCUUUAUGACCUACUUAGAAAUACGAAUUUCCGCGGAGUAUCCUUAAAUUUAACGAGGAAGUUUGCUCAGCAACUGUGUACUGCCCUCUUGUUCCUGUCCACACCGGAAUUGAAUAUCAUUCACUGUGAUCUGAAACCCGAAAAUAUUCUUUUGUGCAAUCCUAAGCGUAGUGCGAUAAAGAUUGUCGACUUUGGUAGUUCGUGUCAGCUUGGACAGCGGAUAUACCAAUAUAUUCAAUCGAGGUUUUAUCGGUCGCCAGAAGUUUUACUUGGAAUCCCAUAUGACCUCGCGAUAGACAUGUGGAGUCUUGGUUGUAUUCUAGUAGAAAUGCAUACAGGCGAACCUUUGUUCAGUGGCGCCAACGAGGUUGAUCAAAUGAACAAAAUAGUGGAGGUGUUAGGUAUGCCACCAAAGCAUAUACUGGACCAAGCGCACAAAGCGCGGAAGUACUUUGACAAAGUCCCUACGGAUGGUUCUUACGUGUUGAAGAAGUCGAAAGACGGUAAAAAGUACAAACUUCCGGGUACAAGACGAUUACACGAUAUACUUGGUGUUGAAAACGGUGGUCCCGGUGGUAGAAGAUUAGGUGAACCUGGUCAUUCAAUCUCCGACUACCUCAAAUUCAAGGAUCUCAUUUUACGAAUGCUCGACUUUGAUCCUAAAACACGUGUCACGCCUUAUUACGCGUUGCAGCACAACUUUUUCAAGCGUACAGCUGACGAGGGGACCAACACCAAUAUUGCUGCUGCCAAUAGUGCUAAUACUAGUCCAGCAGUUGUGUCCAUGAGCCAAGACAGUGGACUGGUUACCAUGUCAGGACAGGGAAGCGGUAGCACAAGCAGCUUGAUGCAAGUGCUAGGUAUGCCUGGUGGCUAUCAAUCGAUGGAGUGCGAGUCUUCACCCCGUCACUCGUCAAGCCGUCGUGUAAUGACCACUGGCUAUCCAUCGUCAGCAUCAGCCUCCAUUGAUGCACCCGCGUCCGGGCCAGCGUCCAUACAAUCAAUGGACAACAAUUCCCGAAUACAAAGCUCUCUUGGCACUUAUAAUAGCCUUAUACUACCUGGUAUGGCACAUCUACCAAACAUAAUGACAUCCCCAAUGAUACCGCAACAAAAUUUUUAUAAUUACGGAUAUACUGGCGCCGAUACACACGGUAUUAUACGACAACCAGCCUCGGUAACGACGGGCAAGCAACGUGAUCCUGAACGAGAAGACAGUCCCAUGGUUGGCGUAUGUGUCCAGCAAAGUCCGGUCGCCAUACAUUGA